AUGAGGAAUAAGCUUAAAUCCAUUGUUGAAGCUCGUCCAGAAUUGAAGCAGAAAACAAUUCAACAAGGUGAUGCAUAUGCUGCUGCUUGUGGAGAAAAAGAGCCAAGAGGACGUGUUCGUGUUUUGGGCCUCGGACCAACUCCCCAAGAUGUUGGUAGCCCGGGGUUGAAGUCUUACAAACCCACAAGGCUUCAAAUGGAAGUUCUAGCCCGUAAAAAGGCUGAACGUGAAAAUGCAGCUCUACAACAACGCAUUGCACAAAUGGAGGAAGAUAUGGAAAUAAUGUCACAACAUGGUUCUAAUUCAAGGCAUCAUGUGAGCCCAAGGUCUGAAGAACAUGUCGAUGAGGCAUGUCAUAAUGCUCAAAAUCAAGAAGAUGGAGCUUCUGAUCACUCUGGUGAGGAUGAUUACUUGAUUGUGAGAAGGCGUGUUGUAGCCCCAACAACAGCCCAUCAUGAUCAAAUGAGCCCUGGAGGUGCAGCCCCAACAGUGCAGCCGCGUCGACGCAUCCCUGUAGCCCCAUCUUCACAUGAUGAACUUGUUGGAAAGGAUGUGAUAUUAUAUGCCUUGCUGUGAUCUGAUGUAGCAGUGGCUAAGGGAACAAUUAUUUCAACUGAUCCAAAGAGCACGCUA